UUUCACGUCUCGCCAGUCACCCCAAUGUGUGAGAACGCUGCGAACCUGCUAUAUCUCACUAUCUACAAUCCGACCCUCAAGCCUGCCUCUAAUGCAUCUCCUGACGACGAAGACGCUGAGGAACAGGCCCAUAUCUUGUUCUAUACUGCGAAAGAACGAGCGGUCUCGCGUGACAGAAUGCUCAGGCAGAUUGGACUGGCUAAGGCACUGAUCAGCUUUUCCGAAAUUCUGAGCGUCGAUGGACCUUGCGAUAAUGUGCAUUCACAUACGAAACGACUCACCAUGGUGCAACCCGAACCGAACUAUUGGAUACACGCGGUUCCAGGGUAUAGAAAUGGCCAGAACCCCAAAACCUGUUAAGGGCAAGGGCAAGGAGAAGGAAAAGCCAAAGGCGGACACGCCAACAGUGUUCGAUUAUCAUGAUUACUCGGCUUACGAUGUGGCCGUCAGAGCUGACAUCCUCCGUGGAUACGAAAAGUUCAAGCUGAAACACGGCUCUUUUGCAUCCAUUCUCUCUUCCCUCGGUCGAGAAGCUUUGGAACUACAACUAGAGAGAUUCUUCACCGUCUGGGCAUGGUCUUGGGACCUAGACGAUGGACCGGAGUUUGGACAACUGCUUGGCCCAUCCCGUCAUCCUCUACAGAUAUCGCUUUCCUCAAUCAUGGAUGAAUUCUCGUCGCGAUUACCAAAUGAAGUGGUGCCCAUUGCCGUGUCUCCCCCCUUCAUUAUAACUUCCACACGAUAUACCGACUCUUCAUUCCCAUCUGCUUUGGCCGCUUUCAUACUAUCUCUCGUACCACCAAUAGUUCCAGAACCAGCAGACCCGCCUCCUGUUCUUGACGUCAGCAUGGCCUCAUCGCAACCCGAACCUGCACAGGUCCGAGAUGCCGCAGACGAGAACAGCAAGACCUUCCUCGGGAUGAAUUUGGAUGUGCGAAUGGAUAUGCCGAAAUGGAAUUGGCCGGGUUAUCUCACGUUUGGAAAAGGAGGGAAGAAACCACCCGAUCUGUUUGCGGUUACUCCGAGAAACGAGGACAAGGGUGAUCCGUUGACCUUCCCGUUGGAUACUCCGCGUCUGGAGCAGACGACCGACUUUGACGUUGACCGGAGUGCCCUCGAAGAUGCUAUACAAUCUGAACAGCUCCCUUUGCCGCUCGAGAAGAGCUUCGAUGACGCUUCCAUUUCUGAAACCAUCAAGCCUACCUUAGACGAUGAAGAUGCAGCAGAACAACCGGGAGACGUCAUCGAUACAAUCUCCGUCCCCAUUGACGAAACUGCGAAUCAAUUUGAAGAGCAGACGCGACCAGAGCCUAUCGAGUUCUCAGCCACAAGCGUCUAUCUUGCUAGUGGCCAAGACCCCAAUGAUACCGUAAAGAAGAAACUCUUUUACGUUGUAAGGAGUCGCGUGCUAGUGUGCUUGAUAGGCCUAGAAGAAGCCGGCGAUCUUGCUGAAGAUGCUGCCGCCUUGGCAGCUUCUCUAUACACCAGGCUUAAUGACGAGCCAUUGACGAAGUCGACGGACUCCGUGCCAUCUGCCACAAUGAUCUUGCAACCCAGAGACCGCUUUGUCUUGACAACUUCAAGUCUUGUCAUUCCCAGCACAGACUUCCAAUCUCGGUCUGGGCACUUGUACAAUGCACGCCAGCUGUUGCAUGGAAGGGAGCCCAAUAUCACGGAAAUAUUCUCUCGGGGUCAAAAUCCGCAGUAUUGGCAUGUCGCACGACACGGUCUAGGCACUGAGACAGGGACUGUCGAAGAAGAUGUUUAUCUGGAGGUCUUCCGCAAGGAGACUAGCCUGACCGACGUGGAUAAUACUCUCGCGGCAGUCAUUCGUCGCAAUGGCAAUCUGUAGAUCCGACUGGAUUAUCUCCCGCAUAUACCCUGAAGUCCGGUACCAUUGUAGAUGCAACAUGAACAUAGGGGAGUAGCCAUCACCCUGAGCACGUGUGAUCCUCAUUCUCGAAUCUCUCCCACAUCCUUGGUGCGAAGUUCCAGUCCUAGUCCAGUUCUGGAUCCUCUAUCUGAGCACGGCCGAGAUGGCGCAAACGUGUUGCGCGGCGGGGAUCCACUGGACAUCCAUCGACGCUAUCUCCUGCGAUUUCGGCGCCAACAAGCUUCUGUGAGAACGUCACCGAGGAACCUGCGAGGAAGUGAAAGGAAUGGAUAUUUUGGGGUUCAUUGACGCAGCCCGUGAUCAUACAGAGCGCCGACGGACUGACCCUCCCGUCUAUUGCUCCUGUGACGCAUAGGUUGCAAGGUGAGGCAUCGAUCGUCUCUGUUCCUGAAGUAUCUUUGGAGCGCGUUUCCGCCCAGUGCUCCGUGCAUCGUCGCUUCCAGCAGCCCCUGGGCCCUCGGAUUAAAUUUGAUUUUCUCAUCCUCCCGCGUCGAUCUUGCCUUUGUGCGCCGGCAUGACUCUUGUGUGGCCGGUCACUACGCAUCCGUGCCAUCUGCCUAUCGAUCAACCCUGCAGAUAUUGUCUACAUGGCUCCGAGCCGCCUCUGUUUGGAAUGUUAAUCUGAGCCGCGUGGAGGGCUCGUUCUAAGCAGAAAGGAGCUCAAUAGUGAAAGAUGCGCACGAUUCGGCAGUCCACAGAAAUGAUCUCCUUAUGUUUUUCCCCACCCGACUCGAUCUGACCCUCCAACUCGCUGCCCGAACUGUACGCCGAGCAGCACCACCUGCUAUCUAGUCCCCUCAGGCGAGUCUCCGCCUCGCUUUCAAAAUCCUUCGCCACUUCAAACUGGACUUCUCGAGUAUCGGCGACAACGCAACCAGCUUCCCUUUGCGCCACAGUACAAUCCAAAUCGUUAUCGCCGAACGCAGUUCAUGCUCUGGACGUUUACUGUGCUCGAGGAGUUGGUGUUUGCCGUCGUGGAUCAACUGCGCCAGAUUGGACGAUAAUUCAACCUCGGUGCUUUUCUCGUCGGCUCAUGAACCAUGAGCCCUUCGUGAGUCAGGGUACCACAUAGAACCGCAAUAAACUUUCUUCGAAUGUACAACUGUCUAAAUAAACAUCUACUAUCUCACGGGUUGGCAGCAAAAGCACUACAUGUAGUAAAAUAGACGGUGGCGUUGGCACGGAAGGCACGGGUUAGGAGGGCGUGGUGGUAUGUCAUUGUCAGGGUCCUGACUCUUCUGGGAAAGAAACUCGAAAAACGAGGACACAGCAGACACGGCAGAACUCGACCACAGUCGUUAUUGGCAACCAACACACACCCCGGGUCGCAUAAGCAUCAUGAUGCUGACCCAGCCGUCGCUGUUCUUGAGGGGGGGACGCGAGUAAUGGCAGGGUCUGCAGUCAGGUUAUUGAUACAAGUGCGUCACUGCGUGCCGCGUUGCGUCGCUACUGCGGCUGGUGCGAAAGUAAGUUGAGGGGGUGUUCCCGAUUGGGAGACGGUGAGGCAAGAGAGAUUUUACGUAAGAGGGUGGGUGUCUACCGUGUCCCAGUCGAGUUCGCUUCUCUUCUUUCAUUUCUCUCCGCCUACCAGCUACAUUGCGCGCGAGACUUGGUCCCUUACCGCUGUACCAAAAUCACACUUCUGCGGGCUCAGCAUCUAUCAGCAUCCCUUGCCAGACAGGGCUCCACCGGAAGCUACAUCCGACAUCGCGCGGUCGGGCAUUGGGGUUGAGCCACGCUGCAGCGACCGAUACGCCCUUUCUUUGCGAAACCGAAGCCAGCGUAAUUCGGCUGAACGAUCACUGAAGGCGCCUCUGCUUAUCGACCCCUGCGACUCGCUCCCUCGAACCACACGAAUUAUUUUACAACAAAAGCAAUGUCGUUCUCCUACCUCAAUUUCCCAUUCGACGAAUACAAUCCCGAGACUCUCCAAGACCAGAACGACACCCAGCAUCAAGGCCACUCCCAAGACAACGGGAUGAUGCAGAUGCCGCAAAGUCAAAGCACCAUCCAAUUUCAAUUCCCCGAAUAUCUCUAUGAUGCGGCACCGACUUUGGCUCCCGGCGGUGGUGCUGAGGCACUGCACCCAGCCCAGGCGGCACAAUGGUUCCGCAACAAUGGAUUCCAGGCUCAUCAAUCUGCUGCUCAACCUGGGGCAGCGAAUGCAGAGGAUUGGGAGCGCGCGCGGAUAUUCGGGAUGCCCGCGGUGCAAGAUGCCUACGAGAGCCUGGAGAACCUGUCCAACUUCUCUUCCUCAUUCGGGACGUCUGUCUCCCCAUUUUUUAACCCCGAUGCGGCGUUCAUGAACCCUUCGCCACUCUCGAGCGCCAGCGGGACCUGGUCGGAUGAGAGCUGGUCGCCUAGCUCGACAGCGUUCAAUCCGUUCCAGCCUUCAUCGCAUGACAAUUCCCUGGGCCGCCCCCUGGCACGUGCUUUAACGACAGCUCCACGCUCGACGUCACCGGCACCGCUUACCGCCUCUGCUCGCCUUCCGCUUUACUCCGGUUCCGGAUUUGAUGCGCUUUCUCUUCUGGCACGUGUUAUGGCCCGGCCCAAUCCGACGAUUCAGCUGGGCCCAGUCGAUUUCUCGACGUCGUUUGUGGUGGUCGACGUGCGCCGACACGAUGAACCGAUCGUUUACUGCUCCCCAAGUUUCUGUGCUCUGACUGGAUACAGCGAGAAGGAAGUCAUGGGCCGCAACUGCCGGUUUCUGCAAGCCCCGCCGACGUCGGAGAGCUCUGGCGAGCUACUGCCUCUGGCUAAGGGAGACCCCAGACACCACACCUCGCAUGUAGCUGUUCGGGCACUGGCCAAGGCUGUCGGGGGUCACAAAGAAUCGCAAGUGAGUGUCGUGAACUACCGCCGUGACGGAUCUGCGUUUGUGAAUCUUGUAUCUAUUGUACCACUUGUCGGAGAAUCGGGUGUUCCUGGCAUGGAGCAGGACGGAGAGGUCGUGUGGUAUGUUGGGUUCCAGGUUGAUCUGACGUCGCAGAGCGAGAGCAUCGUCCAGCGCGUCAAAGAAGGUCGGUACCAUAAAGGUGUCCCGUUGUUGAGUGCUCCGUCGAUGGAGGACGACGGCAUAAAAAGUGAAUCUGUGCCUCAGCGAGAGCGGAGAACCAAUCUCGUUCCUGCUCCUCUCGUGUCUUCUCUGCUGGCCCGAUUGCUCAUCAAUCCUCGCUUCUUGGCAAGUCUGGAUGCCACUCCUGUUUCCACUGUCGGUGCUCUGGUGCCAUCCACGUCUGGUGGUGGACUGCCUCCGGAUCCAUCCAGCCAUGCUUUGCACUCCAUUCUACUUGGCGUAUUGCCAGAUUUCAUACACGUGCUCAGCCUGAAGGGCGCGUUCCUAUAUGUUUCGCCGGCGGUGACGCGUUGUCUUGGAUGGGCGCCAACGGAACUGGUGGGGCGGUCUUUGGAGGAUAUUUGUUUCUCGAGGGAUGUGGUCAGCGUUGGACGGGCUCUCAAAGAAGCCAGUUUGCCUGCAGAAGGCUGGGCUGGUGAUAAAGCGCUUGGUGGCACUUCAUCCGAAGCAUUGCGUGUGGUUGACUUGGUAUUCCGGGCCCGGACUAAGCAAGGGACUUGGGUCUGGGUCGAAUGUCGAGGUCGAUUGCACGUGGAGCCAGGCAAGGGCCGAAAAGCUAUUGUAUUGAUCGGCCGUGCACGAGGCAUGACGCACAUGCCAGCGCCGGAGAAGGAGAAAACGCCGCCAACUCCUACACCCAUUUCGCGUCAAGCGCGACAUGUUUCAGGAUCGCCGACGGGCUCGGGCAGUGGCCUUGAAUGGGCGCUGCAGCCCAAGAGGGCGAGGAUCGAGGCGAGUGAUAACUUGGUUGGUGUUGCUUAUCGAUUGACAUCUGGCCAGGGUGCGAGUACGAGCCCGGUCAGUUCGCCGCUGCCCAGCGCCACUCUCCCCACCGCCUUUCAUGGUGUCAUGGAUCCGUAUGGGCUGCUGCUUUCCGUUGGGGUUGGAGCGAAUACCGUGCUCGGCCUCGAGCCAGCAAGUAUCCGGGGCACCAGAAUCGGUGCCCUGGUCGUGGAUUCCCAUGCACCGUCCAAUCCCAUUGAGAGCACCCUUGCUGCAUGGCGGCAGGAAAUUCCGAAUGGGAUUCGCCAGAUCCAGUGCAUCCUGCAAGGCAAGAACGGUCCUGUUUCCGCCAUCGUUCGCUUCGUCGCUCCAGCGGCUGAACGCACUCCGCUGCCCUGUGCGGUUGCGCCUGCUCAGCUGAUGUACGGCGUUUAUCUCGCCUCGUGUCCUCCUCGGCCCUCGCCAAACGCAAAUCCGUUUCACCGGCUCGAUCCCAAUGUGGGGGAGAGCUGGCAGUAUGAGUUGUCGCAGCUGCGGUUCGCGAAUGAGCGGCUGAUCGAGGAGAUCCAGGAGCUGGAACGUGCGGAGGAGAAGAGGGCUGUGAAGAAGGCCGUCGAAGAGGAGAAGCAAAGGAUUGUUUCGCGCUACGAGGUCCCCGAAUAUUCAUCCUACUCUAAUGCCGGAUUUACGGGCGUCCCUCUCACACUCGCUGGUCGACGCCAGCAGCUUCAGAACGAUUCGGCGUCAUGGCAGGGGCGUAGCGCAUAUCCGGCUUCGUCAUCCUCGUCAAGCCCCUACUCCCUGCCGAUGAAACGGCCCUGGGAGGACGUGUAA